UAAUGCCGUAGUCUUGCGUCGCCUCAGACAGAUGUACAGUCAAUGGAGUCAAGCGGUCACUGCAACGCACUUACAUUAAUAACAAACCAAGUAUUAUUCGUCCGGUCUGAAAUCUGGAGUUGAAGACGAGCACGAAACAUUUAAAUUGAAUUUAUUUAUUUAUGAUGGUUGUUAAGUAGAUUUUUAAACGUGCGAUUUCCCGAUCGUAUUUGUGUGUUUCGUAAACCUUCCCAUACCAGAGGCCUCGUACGAAUACAAAAGGCCCAGUUAGCUAGCUAGCGGUAACUAUUUAACCAUAUAUUUUUUGCAGAUUAUAGCUGUAUUGCUCGCUGGCUACUACAUUUUUUGCAGUAGAAGUGUGCAUUCAGAUUUUAUUGCUGCGAAUAUGGCGGACCAGAGGGCUGUGGUGAUGCAACAGAUUCUGGACAGGAGCUGCUGGGUGUGUUUUGCCACCGAUGAGGACGACCGCUCGGCGGAGUGGGUGCGGCCCUGCCGUUGCCGUGGCUCCACUAAGUGGGUGCACCAGGCGUGCCUGCAGCGGUGGGUGGACGAGAAGCAGCGGGGGAACAGCACGGCCCGCGUGGCCUGCCCGCAGUGCAACGCAGAGUACCUCAUCGUCUUCCCCAAACUGGGUCCGGUGGUGUACGUCCUGGACCUGACCGACCGGCUCAUCUCCAAGGCCUGCCCCUUUGCCGCUGCUGGGAUCAUGGUGGGCUCCAUCUACUGGACUGCGGUCACGUACGGAGCGGUCACCGUCAUGCAGGUGGUGGGCCACAAGGAGGGCCUGGACGUGAUGGAGCGAGCGGACCCCCUCUUCCUGCUCAUCGGCCUGCCCACCAUCCCCGUGAUGCUCAUCCUGGGCAAGAUGAUUCGCUGGGAGGACUAUGUCCUGCGGCUGUGGAGGAAGUACUCCACCAAACUGCAGAUCCUCAACAGCAUCUUCCCCGGGAUUGGCUGUCCUGUCCCGCGGAUCCCGGCGGAGGCUAGCCCGCUAGCGGACCACGUUUCGGCCACGCGCAUCCUGUGUGGCGCGCUGGUCUUCCCCACCAUCGCCACCAUCGUGGGCAAGCUCAUGUUCAGCAGCGUCAACUCCAACCUGCAGCGGACUAUCCUGGGGGGAAUUGCAUUCGUGGCCAUCAAAGGAGCUUUUAAGGUCUACUUCAAACAGCAGCAGUACCUGCGCCAAGCCCACCGCAAGAUACUCAACUUUCCUGAGCAAGAGGAGGCCUGAGGGUGGGCCACGCCCACCCCUCCCGACAGCCCCACCGCUCUCCUCUGUCUUGUGGACUUCGUUGUAUACUGCUAGUACAUCACUAUCAUGAUUCUUAUUGUUUGGAUAAUAUUUUAAAAUCUUAAGUGGACAUGCGUAUGUGCACACGCACGCACACACACACACACACACACACACAACCGUUUUCCCAGAAAUGUGACUUUAUUUCGUAACUCUUGUGGCAGGUUAGUGCUUCUGAAAGAGACUCGUAAGAGGAAGAAUUUUUUUAACUGCAUAACCAGCACAUGUAGUAUUUUGCAAGGGGAUACCGAGUAUGGGGCAUAUGUAAUCAUACAGGACAAUUUUAUAAUUAUAAAUAAUUGUUUUAUGUUGUAUUUUUGCAGUGAUCUCAGUUCUGGAGCUGAAUUAUAAAUAUUCCCUUUUUUGGUACGCAUGUGGAAAAUUGGUUGGGACCUCAGAAUAUUCCGGAUAGCAAUCUUUAUCAUAUAUAUUUUUAAAUUCAUUUUGCAAGAUGAUUUUUCUUCCGCCUUAAGUCGAUAUAAACGUCUGUUGUUUUAAUCACAUUUUCAAGGAUGCAAAUGGUACUCUUGGCACAGAUGUCUUAGGGCUUCUAGAACAUUGGUGGAAUCCAUCAACACUUGCCUACUUCCAGUAAGAAAUGGAAUGGCACAAACUGCUAUGCUUUAGUAGCAUUAACUCCCCCUCUGAUUUUUUGUUGUGAAAGGGUGAUUAUUUCGAUUCAGGGCAGAGUCGACAGAAGGCCAGUCAGAAGACAGGAACAAGGCACUCAGCGAAAUUCUUAGCUGAGUUCCAGGUGGUGCUGGGAGAUGAAGUUCAGGGCCAGUUUAAACACACCUAGCAAUCUUUUGGCCUGGACUACAAUCCCCUGCUCCCCACUGGUACUGUGAUUCAGAGGUUUUGGUGGAAAGGCCACAGGUUGAAUGCCACACAGCCUCUGCUUGUGCAUUUCCCCUGCCCCUGGAGCUGUUGCAGGACAUCACAGUGUUUCCCUGUCUGGUGACCAGACUGACCUGAAAGACCAGCACAGAUAUCAGAAAGGGAGCCAUUGCAUCUGUCGUCAUGGAGUAGGCAUAAAGACUAAACUCAUUAAACCGCAUUAAUGCUGGCCAAUGAAGAAAUAUCCCUGUGCUAUUCUUUUUAAAUAGUGACCGACUGUGACUGAGACUUAAGGCUUUCAUUUCUGAGCUUUAUUAUUUUUCACCGCACAACACUUGCUCACAAUCUUGGCGCAACGCUGUACAACACUAGCUAACGAUCCCACGAUACAUACUAACUUAUUAAUGUUAGUUAUUGAUUUCAUGUUUAGAGUGUGUUUAGGUUUAGGUGUACAGUUAAGUUGUUGGCCAAAGUGGUCUUUUACACAUUGUAUACCCUGAAGUGUUAAUGUUCAGCCUGUUGUUUUAUAUGUACAAAGUUUUUAGUGAUUUAGCUUGAUUUUUCUGCCACAAAUCUCCGGAAACCUGGUCCCGGAGCAAAGCUGGACACCCGAGCAUUCUUCUGGACGCAUGCUCAAGCUUCAAUCCUGAGAGAACUUCCUACUCAACAAACUGUUGAUUUGAUCUCUGAUUGGCUCAGACACGUCGCAUGACAACCAACGGGAGAGCUUAACUUGGCCCCACAAGGGUGCAGGUUUGAAACCUCUUAUGUACUUACUUGAGCUGCUUCACUCAGUUGUGUAAAAUGCAAGCUACGUGAAGUUGUAUGUGAAGUUUGAGGGUCUAGGCCUGAGUCGAGCCCUUUGGAGGUUGGAGGUUCUCUUUCACAUUUAAAGAGGGAAAUGAAGGCAACCAGGACUGAAACUGUGCCAUUUUGUGCCUCCAGAUCCGUCCGGGUUCUGGUUGUAGCUUUGCAAGUCAUGCUGCUGUUGAAGCAUUUCACUCCCUGCUGAACAGAUCUGUGAAAAACCCCCAGGAGACUUACAGCCAGAGAAGGCCAUAGACACUACUAGUUUAGCGUUUUCCAGGAGUUAGCACUAUCAGUAUAUUUAAAUUAGCCUUUGAGGGUCGUAUUAAGUGGCUUGUGAUUAGAAUUAGUUACCGAAACAAAACGCUCACAUGUUUCAGGCCUCGUCCUUUCACGCGCAUGACCCGGGGGUUCAGCCUGGGGCUCGGCCCCGCUGCCUCCUGGGAUAUCCAGCGGGGCGGAGGUCUCUUCCACAGCCCCUGUGCAGCGAGCUUGAUUUCAAAAUUAGGCUUUGCCAGCUGCCAGUUACGAUGAGAUCUCUGCACUUUUGAGGUUUGUGAGGCGCUUCCAGCCGCCUGUUCACAUAGGCAGGGCGGGUGGGUGAGCGGCGGCAGGUGGAGGUGGAGGUGUAGGUGUAGUCCCACUGCACUCAGCACUAAUGGGUGAUGUUUGCUGUAGAGUUGUGACGAUCGCUGCAGUGACGGUGUGGCCUGUGCUCUCCAUUCCUUCUGUUUCACCAGGGUGUUCAAACGGGUCAUGGAUUUAGUUCCUGAGCUGGAUGUUAAAUCUCCUCAUUGAUGUAGAUUAUUUAGGUCUUGACCCCCCCCCCCCCCCCCAAUCUUCAAACCUACACCUCCUACGCCCAAUUGGUGAGGUCAUCAAUGACUUGAUGCUUAAGCGUGCACCUCAUUUCAGCAUUUUCCCUGUUCCACACAGACUCGCACUCAUACAUAUGCGUGCGCGCGCGCACACACACACACACACACACUUCCUCCAGUGUAAAAUGCUGAUCUAUAUGACAGUUUCAUUAUUUUGUGAGCUUAGCUGGUUAGGUUUCUUGACCCCAUUAAAAGCAUAAAAUAACCAUUCAUUUGAAGAGGUUGAGUCCCACUCUAAACAAAUCCAACGCAGCGUGAGAGACAAGCCUAGGAUGAGUAGUCUGGUUUGGUUCAGGGGCUGGCUCAGACACCGAAUACAACACCAUAUUUUAGAUAAGUAAUCGACAGGUAGUAUAUAUUUUUUGUCUUUUUUUUUUCUCUUGAGAAAUAAUUUCCCCAUUAGUGUGAAAAAUGGAGAACUACUUUCCAGGGAUUGCAUGGGGCUCUUGAAUAAACUACAAAUAAAAUGUGUUUUAUUGUUUAAAAAAAAAGCCAAAAGCAGAAUAUUGUUGUAUAAAUGUAUGCUUUGUACAGUUAUAUUGCUUCUGAAUUUAUAGUUUAAUGGUUGAUAAUUGUGAAUAAAUGUAUUUUUCCACA